CCUGGACAAACAAAAUAUGCUGCAAGAAAUUCUACCAUUCGCACCUCUCCGGGCAACGCAGCAUCUCUUAAAAAAUGGAGCUUGAAAAGGAGAUAGAGGGAAAGAUGACGACUUGUAAUUCCUCCUUUAAGAUAAUAUUGGGUUCAUCAUCUUUGGCUCGGCGGCAAAUUCUCAAUGAGAUGGGAUAUGAAUUUACUGUUGUGACCGCAGAUAUAGAUGAAAAAAGUAUAAGAAAAGAUAAGCCAGAGGAAUUGGUGAUGGCUCUAGCUGAGGCAAAGGCAAACGCCAUCAUAGAAAGGCUUCGAAUUGAAGGUCAUGUGGAAGAGGAUGCUCAGGCAACAUUGUUAAUUACUGCAGACACAGUGGUGGUGAGUAAUGGGAUGGUUAGAGAAAAGCCAAAUAGCAAGGAAGAAGCACGGGAGUUUAUCAAAGGCUAUUCCGGUGGUCAUGCAGCAGUCAUAGGAUCUGUGGUUGUAAGUAACCUUACUACUGGAAUACGAAAAGGAGCAUGGGAAAAAGCUGAGGUUUAUUUCCAUGAGAUACCUGAUGAGAUCAUUGAUAGCGUGAUUGAGGAGGGAAGUACACUCCAUGUUGCUGGGGGUUUGACACUGGAACAUCCAUUGACAUCACCAUUUGUUGAAGCAGUGGUAGGGAGCACAGAUACAGUGUGGGGGCUUUCAAAAGCAUUAACCGAAAAACUCAUCAAGGAUAACCUUGUAGCUGCAAAAUCACUCAUAGAUUGAUAUCGCUUGAAUUCUAUUCAGUCCAUGGCUCAAGUCUUUUUACUCUUCAAAACUAAACAUGCUGACGACGGAGAACUAUACUGUCCUGCAAACGAAAAGAUGCAUACAAGAUUCUUUAUUGCAUUCACAUUUUUUUUUUUCUUUUCUAGUGAUAUUCAAGUUGCAAGAUUUUUGAAGUUUCUUUUGCAUUUCUUUUUUAUUCCUACAGCUAGUUGAUUCUUACAUUUCUCCAGAUUGUUUGCACCGAUGUUUCUAAUUUCUUUACAAUAUUUUUUAUUAGUACAA